AUGGCUCCCACUCCUGCCGUCGAAGCCGCCGAGGCCUUUUUGCAGUUUGUCGAUGCCAGCCCAAGCCCGUUCCACGCGGUUGAGGCUGCCAAGACCCUUCUCAGUGAAAAUGAGUUUGAAGAACUCUGUGAAGGUGACGCCUGGAACAUUGACAAGGGUGGCAAGUACUACUUUACUCGUAACCAGUCCACCCUGGUGGCAUUUACCGUCGGUGAGCAGUGGCAGCCAGGUCACGGGUUCUCGAUUGUCGGCGCCCACACCGAUUCCCCCUGCCUCCGUGUCAAGCCAAACAGCAAGAUUGCUCGUGAGGGCUAUCUGGGCGUGGCUGUUGAAUGCUAUGGUGGCGGCCUUUGGCACACUUGGUUCGACCGCGACCUCGGCAUUGCCGGCCGGGUCAUGGUUGGCAACGACGAUGGUGGUGUCAGCCAGCAUCUGGUGCGCAUUAACCGCCCUAUCCUGCGCGUGCCCAACUUGGCCAUUCACCUCGACCGUGACAUCUACACCAAUGGUUUCAACCCCAACAAGGAAACACACCUUGCGGCUGUUCUGGCCACCGAGGCUGAAGCUCAGCUCAAUGCCAAGAAGGAAAAAGAAGAUGCCGAUGGUCAUCAUCACGCUGCCCUUGUCGAGCUGAUCGCGACGGAAUGUGGCGUUUCGCCGGAUCGCAUCUUGGAUUUUGAAAUGUGUCUCUUUGACACCCAACCUUCGGCCAUCGGAGGCUUGCACAACGAGUUUAUUCUUGCCCCUCGUUUAGACAAUUUGAACAGCUCAUUCUGUGCCCUCAAGGCUUUGCUGGCCUCGGUGGCCAAGGAGGGUAGUCUUGCUGAAGACCCCAGCAUCCGCCUGAUUGCUCUAUUCGACCACGAAGAAGUGGGCUCGGACAGUGCCCAGGGCGCGGGCUCGGCGCUUUUUGACCACACGCUGCGUCGCCUGUGUGGCGAUGGCGCUGAAAACUUUGCACGGGCCAUGGCCAACUCCUUUGUCAUCUCUGCUGACAUGGCCCAUGCCGUUCACAUGAACCGCGGUGAAAAGCACGAAGGCCUCCAUCGCCCCAAGAUGAACCAGGGUGUUGUCAUCAAGUUCAACGCCAACCAGCGCUAUGCCACCAAUGCCGUCACAGCCUCAAUCCUCCGCUUGCUGGCCAAGAAGGCCGGCGUUCCCCUUCAGGACUUUGUGGUGCGUCAGGAUAUGGGUUGCGGCAGCACCAUCGGCCCCAUUCUGGCUUCGGGACUGGGUAUUCGCACGAUUGACGUUGGCAAUCCCCAACUGGCCAUGCACUCGAUCCGAGAAAUGGGAGGUGUCAAGGAUGUUGCCUAUGCCAUUGAUCUGUUCAAGACCUUUUUCAAGCGCUUCCCUCAGUUGGAUGGCUCGGUGCACGUUGACGCGUGGGACAGCAAUCCUUAA